AUGGAAGUGCAUGCUGUAAUCAGGGUGGACAUAAAAUCUGAAUCUAAUGUCCUGGAGCAUACACUACUUGAUGAAAGCGUGGAGCCAACGAAUCUGCCGCUAGGACUUUUACAACACAUCACUGAGGAUUUUGCUGAUGCCGAUGAUAAAUCCAGAACCAGGGGAAACACCAAAGUUUAUUUUUGCAGAGAUAAGAGAAAGAUUACUUUGCUUCGAGUAUAUCAACAAAGGAAGCCUCGACAAAUAUCUUACCGUGGGUAUUGCGCUCCGGAAUUCAUAAAGCAUGGUCAGGUGUCAAUCAAGUCAGAUAUAUUCAGUUUGGGAGUUAUAAUUACAGAACUCGUAACUGGAUGUAAGGGCAACCUUGACAUUCAAAAUGUACUUAGAAGGUGGAGGUACAGGUGGAAUAAAUCAGUGAAUUAUCCACUAUUUGGAUACCAGCAGGUAACUAAAUGCAUUGAAAUAGCGCUAAAGUGCUUGUUAGACUCUCCAAAGAAGAGGCCUAAAAUAUCAGAUAUAGUCAGUAUGCUUAAUGCAUUGGAAAAUACGAAUGAGCACAUUAACAAUGUUGGUGACUCGCUAGUUGGCCCGAUAAGCCCUUACCCGUGGGAGCUGCUUGAGUUUGAUAGGCUUGAGCUGAAUUUUCCCUUCGAGAUAAACAAGUUGAUACCGUGUUCACUUCAGCUAACCAACAUAACCAAUGAUUAUGUUGCCUUUGAUGUCGAAAUGACAGGCUCACUGCAAUACUGCAUAGAGCCGGAGAAAUGUGUUGUGCCGCCACGAUCCAAGUGCAAUAUCAUGGUAACACUGCAAGCGCAAAAGAGGGUGCCACAUGCGAUGGUGUGCAAGGACGAGUUCUUCAUUAUGCGGUGCGUCUCCGUGAAUGAGGGCCUCGGUGCUGAGGAUAUCAACAUAGACAUGUUCAAUGAGGAGUCGGGUAAAGAGGUCGAUGAGGUGACCUUGAAGGUUGUUGUUAUUACAGAAUUAUUGGUGAACUAAAUUGUGAUUGACAAUUACAAUCUCCAUGCCAAAACAGACUCCAUCCAAAUGUGACAUAAAUCCUCUUUUACAUGUGUGUGUAACAGUUUAUCCAAUUAAUAAAAGAUCCUUUUAUGGGGGUUUUUUUGUUUAAAGAAGAUUGCCUAGCUAAAUAUCCGUGUGUU